AUUAUGCAUGAUUGCAUUUGAUUGCAUUCGUGUGUGCAUUAACAAUUUUUUGAUAAUAAAAAAAACAUUUGUUUACUAAUUAUACCCGGAAGAAAUAAUUAUUUUUUUUAUUACAUAAAUAAUAUUAUUUCCUUAAAGUAAAAAAUAAUAAAAAUGGCUGCAGAAGAAGGUUUUGAGCAGUUUGAAGAUGAAGAAACAGAAUUACAAAUUGGAGGUACAUUACCUGGUGGAAGAAAACGUUUAUUUUCAAAAGAAUUAAGAUGUAUGAUGUAUGGUUUUGGUGAUGAUCAAAAUCCCUACACUGAGAGUGUUGAUUUAUUAGAAGAUCUUGUUAUUGAAUAUAUUACUGAAAUGACACAUCGUGCUAUGGAAAUUGGUCGUACUGGUCGUGUACAAGUUGAGGAUAUAAUUUUUUUAGUGAGGAAAGAUGCUCGUAAAUAUGCUAGAGUCAAAGACCUACUGACAAUGAAUGAAGAGUUGAAAAAAGCAAGAAAAGCCUUUGAUGAAGUUAAAUAUGCAGAAUAACAUCGUUAAGACCAACACCUUGAUAUGCCGAGCCACAUAAUGACAGAGGAAGACCAUGUUGAUUAAUAUAAUUAUGGAUUCGUUUGAUUCUAUCUUUAUGGCCAACAACAUAUUGAGGUAUGCAGUUAUUGAGUAUUCCAACAUGAAAAUCUGUUGGAUCAAUUUUUAUGUUCAACAUUUUCUUCACAUGUUCAACUGCUGUAUUCAAAAAAAAUUCAUCUGAAGAAUUUUUACCAAAAUAUUCAUCAAACCAGGCUCCACCCAUCAUUACUG